GGCUCGAAGUCAGAAUUCAGAUUCCAGAAUUUCUCGAACCAUCAAAAAGAGGAGCACACCGAAGCAUACGUAUUUUGUUGAAAAUACUGUAUGAACAAUCGAGGAAACGUAAAUUAUUCAGGAAUUGUCUUUAAUAGAUAUGAUAGAGAAUCUCGCAGCGAAAUUAUGUUCGCUUCUGUCGGAAAAUACCAACGCAGCCGAACAAUGGAAAUUACUUGGACAAGAAAAAGAUGGUUCGAUACUUAUUGGAUGGGUGGAAGAAUCAGAGAGGAACGAUAUAUGCACAUUGUGUACUGUAGUCGGUCGUUACGACCAGAUUGACAACAAAUUACAGAUAUUGCACCGCUUUUCGGAAAUAUUGAACAUUGUUCAAGCUACAGUCAAUCAAAAUCAUACUCUAAUGGGAUACGUGACGAAACAGAAAAAUUGCCUGAAGAUAUCAGAUCCUCUGGAAGAUCGCUCAGGGCAUGAAUUCUAUGGAGAAUUCUACAGAGUGUUCAUUGUAGAAUUAACUACUGAUGAUACCAAAGUACAUGAUCUGGAAAUAAAGAGAUCUGAACAAGUGCGAAUACAAUUUCUAUAUAGAGAAAAAGAGCAACUGGAUGUAGACAAAUUUCUAGUUCUGAUACAUCACGAAUGUAUUCUGACAUAUACUGCUCAAUUCGAUACAUCUAUAAGCCACUCAAGACCGAUAAAGGAAUUGAAAUCCGAAAUACUUGUAAAAACGUUUAUAUGGGCUCAAUGGGAUAUGAUUAAUCAAGUUCUUUACCAUAUACAUCAUCGACGAAUUCCUGCAAGCGUGGUCACUGAAAAUGAGGAUGAGAAUAAUUCCAGAUCUUCUAAACCAACCCUCAGUGGUCUUCAGUUCCACGACAACUUGCCUCAUGAAACAGUACUGAAUAUUCCAUUAAACUUACCGCUACUGUCACCGUCCUCUAGUUGCGGAACUUACGAAGAUGACGUGAUACCCCUGCGAGUCCACGAUUGUUCCCUAGAUCUUAUAGUGGUGUCGGACACCAAGGGAAUGGUCUGCGUUUGUCACUACUAUCUUUAUCGACCUGUACAACCGCCGCAGCAUGUACUUAACUCUUUGAAUGAAUCCAACACAGUACAUUUUGCAUACUCGGUGACGCUGUUGCAUCACAGUUGCGUGAUACAUUGUGUUAUACCAGGUAUAUCGUGGUCACGUGCCAAGCUGAUGAGGCCGACUUUCGCGAUUUAUGAGAACCAUCAUAUGAUCGUAUUCGUGCCAGGACUAUUCGCGCAUCUUCUCGAAAUCGGUGUGAACCACGAGCCUUGCUGUCACAUACUAUGCAGCCCACCACCAUCAAUUCCAUCUCGUGUCUCUUAUCUGGUGCCCUUACUCGAUUUAGAUAAUUCUAGUAAAGGAACAAGAAGGAAUUCUCAUAAUCCAGAUGGAAAGAAUUCAGAUGGAAAUAGUCUACUCGCAAAUAACACAAAUAUACUGACGAUAGAUUUGCCUACUUUAGACCUUGUACAGUUGACGAUUCCUUCAGAUUUUCUUAUUGAAGUAUUUCGCAAAGAGACUUCUGUGGAAGUCCGCUUGGGAAUACUUCAUUAUUUUCUCUGCCACAAAAACGACAUAGAAAUUAUCGCGGAGUUAAUGUCCAUUAUCGCAGAGAAGCCACGCUCAUUGGACAUUCCACGCUUUAUGCAGGAAAUUCUUAUAGGAAACUCUUAUGCUUUAGUGCAAAAAAAUCUUCUUGCGGAUACUAUUCCUUUAUUAUCUCUAUUGCCCGUUACUACUAUAGGUGAUUAUAUGACUUUCAAUAUAAAGAUGAAUGAUUUGGAGAUCACAUUGAGUCAUGAGAAACUCUGGAACACAUCAGUAAUGUUACUUUCACCGCAACAAAGACUCGUUCCUUAUCGUAGUGAUUUAUGGACUAGAUUGUGGGAUCAGUUGAGCAAAAAUGGUAGUGACAAACUGAGAUUCAAACCUAGUCAUAUUGCGGAAAAACUGCUAGUUUCUUUGGCUUGUUAUCAACCAGAAGCGUUAUCCAGAUGCAGUACUCCAAUGUCUCCAAGUGGAGGAUUUGUUGCAAUGCCGCUUGGAGAUUUCAUGGGUAAUCGAAACAUUAAGUUGGAUUCAGGCUUACCGUUUAACGAGACGGAAAGUUGCACCGCUUCGAAACAGGAGCACAUUGUGUCUGUUAAUUUGCGAGAGCUUUCGAUGUAUCUUUUAAAGAAUGGCACGCACACGUCAACCAUACACACGCGAGGUUCUUGUACCCCGUUACACGUUCAUGCCAUGGCCACGAGAUACGUGGCUGCGCAAUUAGAAGCGUCACGUAUAUUGUGUCAAAUACUUUGUAGAACAGCUGGUGUUGAUCCGAGAAUUGAGCAGGAACGUGGUUUUAGUCUCAUAGAUCAAUUGGACGAAGCAAGACGAUGGUUGUUGUUUAUGCUCUUACAGCGAUAUAGGUAUUCCAUAGAGAGCAUCGCUUUCCCUGCGCCACAGGGAUUCGCAUCGUUUUUUACUUAUCUUGGCUAUCGUACUCUUAAAUUCUCAAUGUUUCUGCAAUACAUUGAACGCUCAGUAUUUGAACUUCAAGUUGACGUCACUAAGAUUAUCUUAGCUGAUAUAAGCGAUACGAAAGAAAAUGUUGUUCAGAAAUUGAAGUUGUUGUCUUUAUUACCAAGAUCUCGCGCAAAGAGACUUUUGAAUCAAUGGUUGCAUCCAAUUAGUUUAAUGUUGCGAGCCAGAGAACAUGCUGCUAAUAUUCUGUGCGGCGAAAUAUCCCAGAGUCGAACCAGCAGUCGGACUUUACAACAUCGUAAUCAUCAUAACAGUUUAGCAGCAUUUCCUUCUGCAGAUCGUUUGUCACCAUUAGACACCUUUUUGGAUUUACUUACUGCAAAAGCUAGUCUUACAGAAUUGGAUUUCGGGCUAUUGAUAGAAGCGACAGUAACAUCUACAGAAGAUUUUCUCUAAUGGAAAUUGAGUUUAGCUUGUAAUCGAAAAAUAUCUCUUAAAUAGUCAAUUGAUUCAAUAAUUACUGAAUCAAUUAGAUGGCAAAUAUAUAAAGCGUUCCAUUGAGUAUGCGAUUGACUUAUAGCACAGUAAUCAAUGCUUGGAUUUUUGCCACUGGACCAACAAAUCAGAAAAUUUUAUAUUAAAUUAACGAAUUAGCGCAGGCAGA